GCUCCGGAAGAGCCGGGAGUGACGCGUGCUGCAAAAAACGAAAGGGGAAAGUGGCAGUAAGUGAGUUACCCGUGAAAUAAGCGCGUUUGGAGCAGAAGAGCGAACAGCCCGUUGGAAGCACAGCUUUAAGUCUCGUCAGAUUUCACGUCACGGCGGGCGCAUGGACGCGGAGGGCUUCGGGGAGCUGCUGCAGCAGGCGGAGCAGCUGGCGGCGGAGACCGAUGCGAUCACCGAGCUGCCGCAUGUGGAGCGGAACCUGCAGGAGAUCCAGCAGGCGGGGGAGAGACUGCGCUCCCGCACCCUGACCCGCACCUCGCAGGACACCGCCGACGUCAAAGCGUCCAUCCUGCUGGGCUCCCGGGGGCUGGACAUCUUCCAUAUCUCACAGCGUCUGGAGAGUCUGAGCGCCGCCACCACCUUCGAGCCGCUGGAGCCGGUCAAGGACACGGACAUCCAGGGCUUUCUGAAGAAUGAGAGAGACAAUGCACUGCUGUCUACCAUCGAAGAGUCGCGCCGCAGGACAUUCCUCCUGGCGGAGGAGUACCAUCGGGAGUCCAUGUUGGUGCAGUGGGAGCAGCUGAAGCAGAGAGUGCUGCAUACGCUACUGGGAGCCGGAGAGGAUGCGCUCGACUUCAGCCAGGAGGUGGAGCCCAGUUUCGUCAGCGAUGUCGGGGCUCCAGGACGCAGCGCGCUGGACAGCGUGGAGGUGGCGUACGGCCGGCAGAUCUACAUUUUCAAUGAGAAGAUUGUGAACGGACACGUGCAGCCCAACCUGGGAGACCUGUGUGCCUCUGUGGCCGACAGCCUGGACGACAAGAACGUGUCCGACAUGUGGCAGAUGGUGCGGCAGAUGUGUGAUGUGUUGCUGGUGCCGGCGAAGGACACCCUGAAGAGCCGCGUGGCCCUGGACAUGCAGAUGGCCUUCGUCCGGCAGGCGCUGCAGUUCCUGGAGAACAGCUAUAAGAACUACACCAUGGUGACGGUGUUUGGGAAUCUGCACCAGGCCCAGCUGGGCGGAGUCCCUGGGACCUACCAGCUGGUGCACAGCUUCCUCAACAUCAAACUGCCGGGACCACUACCGGGCAUGCAGGAUGGGGAGGUGGAAGGCCACCCGGUCUGGGCUCUGAUCUAUUACUGCCUGCGCUGUGGAGACCUGUCGGCUGCCAUGCAGGUGGUGAGCCGCGCCCAGCACCAGCUCGGCGAGUUCAAGAACUGGUUCCAGGAGUACAUGAGUAGCCCUGACCGGCGGUUGGCCCCGGCCACUGAGAACAAGCUCCGUCUCCAUUAUCGUCGCGUGUUGCGGAACAGCGCCGACCCCUACAAACGCGCUGUCUACUGCCUCAUCGGCAAGUGCGACAUCGCAGACAACCACGGAGAGGUGGCCGACAAGACCGAGGACUACCUGUGGCUGAAGCUGAACCAGGUGUGCUUUGAUGAGGACGGCAGCAGUGCGCCCCAGGACAGGCUGACCCUGGCACAGCUACAGAAGCAGCUGCUGGAGGACUACGGCGAGUCGCACUUCUCUGCCAGCCAGCAGCCCUUCCUUUACUUCCAGGUGCUGUUCCUGACCGCGCAGUUCGAGGCGGCCGUCGCCUUCCUGUUCCGCGUGGAGCGUCUGCGCAGCCACGCGGUGCACGUUGCGCUCGUCCUGUACGAACUGCGGCUGCUGCUGAAGUCAUCGGGGCAGAGCGCACAGCUGCUGAGCCAGGAGGCGGGCGACCCCCCCAUGGUGAGACGGCUGAACUUCAUCCGGCUGCUCAUGCUCUACACCCGCAAGUUUGAGUCCACCGACCCGCGGGAGGCGUUGCAGUACUUCUACUUCCUGCGGAAUGAGAAGGAUAGCCAGGGGGAAAACAUGUUCAUGCGCUGUGUCAGCGAGCUGGUGAUCGAGAGCCGAGAGUUUGACAUGCUGCUGGGAAGACUGGAAAAAGAUGGAAGCAGGAAGCCUGGAGCAAUCGACAAGUUUGCUGGUGACACUCGAGCGAUCAUCUGUAAAGUGGCCCUGGAGGCAGAGAACAAGGGCCUGUUUGAGGAAGCAGUCAAACUCUACGAACUGGCCAAGAACCCAGAUAAGGUUCUGGAGCUGAUGAACAGGCUGUUGAGUCCGGUCACUGCUCAGAUCAGCGCCCCCCAGUCCAACAAGGAGCGGCUGAAGAACAUGGCACUGGCCAUUGCAGAGCGGUACCGUACCCAUGGCAUCGCAGGAGAAAAGUCUGUGGACAGCACCUUCUAUCUGCUGCUGGACCUCAUGACGUUCUUCGACGAGUAUCACGCGGGCCACAUCGACCGGGCGUAUGACGUGAUGGAGAGACUGAAGCUGGUUCCUCUCAGUCAGGACAGUGUGGAGGAGAGAGUGGCAGCGUUCCGCAACUUCAGCGAUGAGGUGCGGCAUAACCUGUCGGAGAUCCUCCUGGCCACCAUGAACAUCCUGUUCACGCAGUACAGGCGCCUGAGGGGGGCGACGACGGGCACCCCGAGCCGGCUGCAGCGCUCCAUGGAAGACCGCGACUCCCAGCUGCGCAGUCAGGCCCGGGCGCUCAUCACGUUUGCCGGGAUGAUCCCGUUCCGCAUGGCGGGCGACACCAACGCCCGGCUGGUGCAGAUGGAAGUGCUGAUGAACUGACCAUACCGCCAAGCUCCACCCUAACUCCUCCCACCUCUGUGUGUGCUGGUAUAACCCCUUCCACCCCCACGCUCCGCCCCCAGUGUGAGUGUGAUGGUAUAGCCCCUCCCACCCCCACGCUCCGCCCCCAGUGUGAGUGUGAUGGUA